GAAAGGAUGUGGCUGACAGAUGGUACAGUGAGAUAAAAAAUUACAGCUUUCAAAACCCAGGGUUUUCUUCUGGGACAGGUCACUUCACAGCAAUGGUUUGGAAGAACACAAAAAAGAUGGGAGUUGGGAAAGCUUCCACUAAUGAUGGCUCAACGUUUGUGGUGGCUAGAUAUGAUCCAGCUGGAAAUGUAGUAAAUCCAGGCUAUUAUGAAGAAAAUGUCCUUCCUCCAAGAAAAUAA